GCGCUGCAGGAGGACCUGAGGGGAGACACCAGUGGAGACUUUGAGGACCUGCUGGUUUCUCUGGUGACGCCGCCGGCCGUCUUCGACUGUCACCAGGUGAUGAGAGCCAUGAAGGGGGCUGGGACCUCAGACUGCGUCCUGACGGAGAUUUUGGCCUCCAGAACCAACGAACAGAUCAAAGCUUUCACUGAUGUUUAUCUGGAAGAAACAGAGAAGAAGUUGACCCUUGACCUGAAGGGAGAAGUUUCUGGAGACUAUGGAGACGCACUGCUCAUCCUGGCUGAGGGCGAGAGGGAGACCACGCUGGAUGAAGAUCAGGCGAAAGAAGACGCCAAGACUCUUUACGAGGCUGGAGAGAAGAAAUGGGGCACCGAUGAGUCAAAGUUCAUUGAAAUCCUCUGCCAGAGAAGCAUCCCGCAGCUCAGACGGACUCUUGUUGAAUACAAGAAGAUCAGCGGGAAAACUCUUCAGGAGAGCAUCCAGGGAGAGAUCUCAGGAGACCUGGAGGAGCUGCUGCUGGCCAUCGUGAAAUGUGUGAAGAGCGUGCCGGCCUACUUUGCAGAGCGUCUCUAUUACUGCAUGAAGGGCGGAGGAACAGACGAGUCGACUCUGAUCCGGAUCAUGGUGAGCCGCUCUGAGAUCGACAUGCUGGACAUCAGAGCCGAGUUCAAGAAGCUCUACGAGUACUCGCUGCACUCGGCCAUCGAGUCUGAUUGUGGAGGAGAAUUCGGAAAGUCGCUGCUAGUGAUUUGUGGAGGAGAUGAUGAGUAACAUCCACGACUUGCUCUUGUAAAUUUGUGUCGACUUUAUAAACUUGCACACAGAAUUUAUUUAGGAAACAAUGAAAACAGCUUUUAUCACGUUUCCAUGCAUUUAUUGCUUCAUUCACACUAUAAUAUUUCUUCUGCCUGUUGUUGUGAAGUCUUUACAUUUAGAAGAUGUUACAAAAAAUGUUACAGUAAAAAUAAAAUUUUGAAAAAUCAGCACUAUAGAAGAAAGUACACAGUAAAAAGUGACUUUAAUUUAAUAAAAAUAUGAGAUUAUAUGGCAAUAAUGACUCUGUCCAGCUCUUAAUGAUUGAUUGAUUGUUUGUUUGUUGUGUUUUUA